GUGAUCCUAAAAAUUAGACAGACCUAUUUUUUUUAAGUAAUCUAGUGCGGCUAGAAUUUUAAUUUUUAAGAUAAAUAAAUUGGAGUAACAUAGUUGAAGUAAAAAAUAGAGUGGAAGAAUCAGAGUUUAAACUUGAAUCUGUAAGUAGUAAGUAAGUACAGCAUCUCUAUCAAGAGAAUUAUAUUUAACUGACUUAAAUAUACCUAUUUUUUUAUUUGGCUUUCACCAAUCACCAUCAGUUCAAUCUUGUUCGGACGUCAACAGUCAUCCCCUCUUGAUUGCAUUUACCGACUAUAAGUUCAGCUUCAAUCACCUCUACGGCCAUAUUUUUAUGGACACACCGCAUGACUUUGAGUUCAUUGGUUGAUCUCUUAAUCGACGAUGGCAUUAAAUGCUGAGCUGUGAGUCAUUACUACACUAUGGAUAUGGCUUCCGUCUCCCUCACCUUCUCUUCCUCCAUCGUCCCCUCACCAAUUCCACAACACAAAUGCAACAAAACCCACCACAAAUUUCCAAUUUUUCGUGUUAUCCGCUGCGCAGUUUCACCUCCACCCUCAAAAGCCGCUUCUAAUUCUUCUUCAGUUGUCAAAAAGAAACACUGGAAACAAGGUGAGUUUCCUGGUUUUUCUGAAACACCAGGUACGAGGAGGAAACCCAUUAAAAAUAUCAAGAAAAAGUUGGACAGAAAGAAUGAUGCUAAGGCUUGGGUUAGCACUGUUACCGAAGCUUUAUCUGAACGCAUUGAUAAGAAGCAGUGGCUUCAAGCUCUUGAGGUAUUUGACAUGCUCAGAGAACAAUCCUUUUACCAACCCAAAGAAGGGACUUACAUGAAACUCAUUGUGCUACUAGGAAAAUCUGGUCAACCCCACCGUGCCCGUCAGCUUUUUACCACAAUGAUUGAAGAGGGUUGUGACCCUACUCCUGAAUUAUACACGGCUUUGCUCGGUGCAUAUUGCAGGAGCAACAUGAUUGAUGAGGCGCUAUCUAUUCUUAACAAGAUGAAGAACCAUCCUCUUUGUCAGCCUGAUGUUUUCACUUACAGUACAUUGAUAAAAGUCUGCGUAGAUGCUUGCAAAUUUGAAUUGGUUGACUUGCUGUAUGAGGAAAUGGCUCAAAGAGCCAUCAUGCCUAACACUGUCACACAGAACAUUGUUUUGAAUGGUUAUGGCAAGGCUGGGAUGUUUGAUGAGAUGGAGAAAGUUCUGUCAAGUAUGCUGCAGAGCACUGAUUGCAGGCCUGAUGUUUGGACAAUGAACACAAUCAUUAGUGUCUUUGGUAAUAUGGGUCAGAUUGAUAUGAUGGAGAAGUGGUAUGAAAAGUUCCGUAAUUUUGGGAUAGAACCAGAAACACGCACUUUUAAUAUCUUGAUUGGUUCCUAUGGAAUGAAAAGAAUGUAUGACAAAAUGUCAUCUGUUAUGGAGUAUAUGCGGAAGUUGCAAUUUCCAUGGACCACCUCUACUUAUAACAAUGUGAUCGAAGCAUUUGCAUAUGCAGGUGAUGCUAAAAACAUGGAGUAUACAUUUAAUCAGAUGCGUUCCGAGGGUAUGCGAGCAGAUACCAAGACAUUCUGCUGCCUUAUCAACGGUUUUGCAAAUGCAGGCCUCUUCCAUAAAGUGAUUAGCAGUGUUACCUUGGCUGCGAAGCUCGAGAUACCCGAGAACACUGCCUUUUAUAAUUCAGUUUUAUCUGCAUGUGCAAAAGCAGAAGAUUUGAUGGAAAUGGAGAGAGUUUUCAAGCGUAUGAAAGAUAGCCAAGCUCAACCAGAUGAUACAACAUACUCAAUCAUGGUUGAGGCAUAUAGAAAGGAGGGUAUGAAUGACAAGAUAUAUUAUUUGGAGCAGGAGAAGCAGACGAUGAUAACUGAUGAUAAGAUAGUGAGCCAGCCUGAGAAUGCAAUCGUUAGCUGAUUUGUGGUUUAUAGUCCAGACUCCUAAUACAUCUGUAUUCUCCAUCUCCUCCAUUUGUCUUGAGAAGCUGUUUAACUUUGUUGGCGUGGACGGAGUGAUUAGUUGCUGAGUUGCAUGCCAGCUUCAUUUUUCAUGAUGAAUGACAACUCCUGCCUAACUUCUACCGUUUGAUGUAAAGUUAAAUUUAAUUUUUGGCAUCCGUUUCACUUACAGAAAAGAAAUCUAAACAUCUGCAUUUUGUAGUGCACUGAGUUCAUGAGCUGAAGCUGAUAACUGCCUUUACUUAGUGUCGUUUGUCAAAUUCGAGCUCAUGUUUACAUUUACCCCAUCUCAUCUUGUUCGAAGGAAGCUAUUUGGCAGGUUAAAAGUAUUGGCAGGGGUCCAUAUGAUAAUCUAUGUAAUUGUAAGAUAUCUGGAUGAAGGUGAUGUAUUAUACACAAGGAAGCAGAAACACUUCAAAAUAAAAGCCAUCCACAUGCUGCACAGUUCGAGUUUACUCUUAAAAUCUGAAGUGUAUUGACUAUUGACUGAACAUGUGUUAAUUUCUUUAUGUUUUAUCUUCAUGUUGUGUGCCUGUA